AACGGGAUUUCAAUCAAAAGGUUGGGAAUGCGGCUCCAUACUACAAUCUUUUUCACAUAGUUCUCCACCGCUAGAAAAAAACAGUUUCCAUCUUGAAACAAUUAAAUAAUGUCCUGCGAUCAUCUAUGAUCCUUUCACAAGCGUAUGAGAGUAAUCUCUAUCCAUAUCAAUAACACUAAUCCUCUCUUUAUGUGGCCACUCUCAAUGAAGAGGCUGUUCGAUGAAGUCAAGGGCUACUCUCUUUCCUAGCAUUCCUUUUAUUCAGGAACCGCCUUGCCCUUGUCCUAUUUUAAAAUGAUCAAGAUCGGGUCGGUGUUUCCACUUUAUUUAACCCCAAUUGGUUCAAGAGGAGAGGAAGCCAAGAGAGUAAGAAACUAAGAACCAAGAAAGAAGCCAUGAACGUGGGACUCGCUAUCUCUGACAUGCAUACCCCUUCCACCAUCCGCUUUCUUUCACCAUCUUCUUCCCCUUAUCACUCCCUUUUUCCCCUUUACCUUCCCAAUAACCACCACCCACGAUUUCGCGCCAAAUCCUCCCUCGUAAUUGAGAAGCAGGACCCACCCACCCUCUCCGUCGUUCAAGCUCCCGCACUGUCCUUGCCGGAACCGGUCUCUCGCCGUCUCAUCCUCCUUCGCCAUGCCAGGAGUUCCCGUGAAAAUCGCUCACUCCGUGAUCAUGACCGGCCUCUGAGUAAAUCUGGCCGUGUGGAUGCUGUCAAAGUUUCUCUAAAGCUCCAAGAGUUGGGAUGGAUUCCUGAACUUAUCUUGUGUAGUGAUGCGGCACGGACUAAGGAGACACUCAAAAUAAUGCAGGAGCAAGUGCAGGAACUGGUGGAAGCCGAGAUUCAUUUUUUUCCUAGUUUCUAUUCGAUUGCAGCCAUGGAUGGACAGACAGCAGAGCACCUUCAAAAGAUUAUUUGUAGAUAUUCAAAGGAUGAGAUUCUUACUGUCAUGUGCAUGGGACAUAAUAGGGGGUGGGAAGAGGCGGCCUCGAUGUUUUCUGGGGCCUCUAUAGAAUUGAAAACAUGCAAUGCUGCACUGCUGGAAGCUGCUGGAAAAUCUUGGGAAGAGGCAUUUGCUGCGGCGGGAUUUGGCGGGUGGAAGCUUCAUGGCAUAGUAAAGCCAAGUAGCUAGCUAGUUAAGCAUUUCCAUUGAGAGUUAAUGCAAAAAAAGAAAAAUUUAUGCGCAGAAGUGGAAGUUCGAAGCAUCACGAGUUCUUUCUGAAACCGAAAAGCACAGUUUCAGCAGUGCAAAGAGUUGAUUAUGACUUUAGAAAUCAUGCUGGAAGGAAAAUGGAAAAUGAGGGAAAGAUUUUCAGUUGCAAAUGAGUUGCUUCCAAGAUGAGUCAAGAUAUAAGUAUGGCUGAGGAUACAGAACACAGAAUCUCAGUCCCUUCAAAUGCUGCUGCUUAAUGUAUAUAGCAUAAAGUUCAUUGAAGUGAACUCAUGCUGCUUACUGGUUGAUUCAAGUUGAACACAACAUCAAAUAAAAAUUGUUAUGUAAA